AUGCUUUCUCAGCUGCGGCUGCAGCACGAGUCCGACACCGAAUCCGUAUCUUCCCCCGGCACUUCUGGCUCGUUCGACGAAGAUGAAGUCAACACUCGUCUUGCGCCGUGCUGGCAGAAGUACCAACGUCUCCUAGAGCGGAGAGGCAUACACCUUGAUACCUACAGGGAUGUGCAGGAUCUCUAUAGGCGUGAAUGCGCCGGAGCAACGCCGGAAACUCUGUCGACAAUAACCCGCCAAGCAGGCUACAUCCAUGCGUUCUGCUGCGACGACGAUAGUGCGCUGUGCCGCGACCCAGGCCUUCCCGACAACCUCUUUAGAGGAGUUAGACUUGCGGACGGAUUGAAAGUCAUUGUGAAAGCUGUGCAUCUUUUCAGCCGGGAAUAUGAUAUCAUACGAUACCUAUCAACUCCCGCUCUCAGAGAUGAUCCCAUGAAUCAUAAUAUCCCUGUCCUCGACCUUAUCGAGGUUCCCUGCGACUACAUAGCAUUUAUAGCCAUGGAAGAAUGGCACUCGCUAUUGGUGAUCGAUCCCCCCUCUUGCCUUCGGGCCUUCCUCGGCGCGAUCCGACAAUGUCUGGAGCAUGUCGUGUUCUUGCAUCGACAUCACAUCGCCCACCUCGACAUAUCCAUGCGGAAUCUACUGACAGACUGCAAUGGACGUUAUGGGUAUAUCGACUAUGAAUUAAGCCGUCGGUUUGACGGAAUACCGAACCCUCUACUCUGCGGAGGCCGUGGUACGGAAGUGGCGCCGGAGCUUGAGAACGGCGGAUGCGGGGAUCCUUACAAGGCUGACGUGUGGGCGUUGGGUGUAUUCCUUCUCCGCGGCUGUAAGCUGACCGGUUACAGUAUCCCUGAACUGACGAGCUUGACACGAGAAAUGCUCAACCGCUGUCCCGAUAAUAGGCCGACAGCAGCCACUGUAUUAAAGGCGUUCGAUGCCAUGGUCCUUCCCAUUGGCGAGGAUAGGAGCGAUAGGCACGAAUAAGGACUCCCUUCACAUAGCUGCAGGUGCUCCCGACUGGAUCUACUUCUGUCCUGCUGUAUAUAUACCACGGUGCUCGUUGUUUUACCGACUCACGCAUGC